UGAAUAUAUUACUUCAAGUGUUCAGACAGUAAAAUUAAUAGGAGUAUGUGACAGGCCAUGGAGAUAUUGUCUGAUAACUAUCACAAAGGUAGGCAGUUGCAAAGGACCUUUUCUCCGCCUUAGGAAAUAAGAAACCCCUCUGCUUGGUGCGACUGGCCAAGGGCAGAACUUCUCCACGUUUACAAGCUGUUUGCAGCAGCACCAUGAGCACCAACCCGUCCCCCGCUGCAUCCGAGCAGCUCUGCUACCAGAACGUGACCGGAUCCUGCGUGAAAGCCCCCUACUCGCCCGGACCCCGGCUCAUUCUCUACAAACUGUUCAGCUUGGGGGCUGUGCUGACCGUUUUUGGAAACCUCCUGGUGGUGAUUUCCAUCCUGCAUUUCAAGCAGCUGCACUCGCCAACCAAUUUUCUCAUCGCCUCUCUGGCCUGUGCUGACUUUCUGGUGGGGGUGACCGUCAUGCCCUUCAGCACGGUCAGGUCUGUGGAGGGCUGCUGGUACUUUGGGCCGAGUUUCUGUACCUUCCACACGUGCUGUGAUGUGGCAUUUUGUUACUCUUCCCUCUUCCACCUGUGCUUCAUCUCCAUCGACAGGUACAUCGCUGUUACUGAGCCUCUGGUCUAUCCUACCAAGUUCACGGUGUCCGUGUCGGGGACAUGCAUCGGCAUCUCCUGGAUCCUGCCCCUUGUAUACAGUGGUGCCGUGUUCUUCACAGGUGUUCAUGAUGACGGGCUGGAGGAAUUAGUAAGUGCCCUCAGCUGCGUAGGCGGUUGUCGGCCACUUAUAAAUCAAUUUUGGAUUUUGAUAGAUUUGCUAUUAUUUGUCACACCUACUUUUGUAAUGAUGAUGCUGUACAGUAAUAUUUUUCUUGUGGCUAGAAAACAGGCUAUAAAGAUUGAAAACAUCAGUAGCAAAACAGAAGCAUCAGGGACAUACGAAACCAGGGUGAGUAAGAGAGAGAGAAAAGCAGCUAAAACCCUGGGUAUCACGGUGGUAGCAUUUUUGAUCUCCUGGUUACCGUACAUGAUUGAUUCAUUCAUUGAUUCUUUUGGGGGGUUUAUAACACCUUCUUAUGUUUAUGAGAUAUUUUGCUGGCUUGGUUAUUACAACUCUGCUGUAAACCCUUUGGUCUAUGCUUUAUUUUACCCUUGGUUUAGGAGAGCAAUAAAACUCAUUAUAAGUGGUCAAGCAUUAAGAGUAGACAGUUCAUCAACUAUGAAUUUGUUUUCUAAAAAACCCUAAAUUUCAAAUUGAGGAAUUUAUUGAUAUAUUGGGAAUUUAAUGACCCAGUAAAUUGAGGAGGAA